CCGACAUCCCAAACGGAAGGUGGUAGUCGCUGCCCGAGCUGGUUUGAAACUGGUGGUCCGGCCCGGCCGAGUGUGUGUGUGUAGCUGAGGACCUGCUGGAGGGCUAGGCCGUUCUUGACCGCCCCGGCCCCGCCUCCCCUCGGACCCGCGGACCCAAGCCCCGCUCCCCGCCCGUCUUGUGCCUCAGCCCGCUGCCUCUCCGGCCGUCUCUGCGGCCCAGCCGCCACCAUGUCCCUGCACGGCAAACGGAAGGAGAUCUACAAAUAUGAAGCGCCCUGGACUGUGUACGCCAUGAACUGGAGCGUGCGGCCGGACAAGCGCUUUCGCCUGGCGCUGGGCAGCUUCGUGGAGGAGUACAACAACAAGGUUCAGCUUGUUGGUUUAGAUGAGGAGAGUUCAGAGUUUAUUUGCCGAAACACCUUUGACCACCCAUACCCUACCACAAAGCUCAUGUGGAUUCCUGACACAAAAGGCGUCUAUCCGGACCUUCUGGCAACAAGUGGCGACUAUCUCCGUGUGUGGAGGGUUGGCGAAACAGAGACCAGGCUGGAGUGCUUGCUAAACAAUAACAAGAACUCAGACUUCUGUGCUCCCCUGACCUCCUUUGACUGGAACGAGGUGGAUCCUUACCUUCUAGGAACCUCAAGCAUUGACACAACCUGCACCAUCUGGGGCCUGGAGACCGGGCAGGUGCUGGGGCGAGUGAAUCUUGUGUCUGGCCAUGUGAAGACCCAGCUCAUUGCCCAUGACAAAGAGGUCUAUGACAUUGCGUUCAGCCGAGCUGGAGGUGGCAGGGACAUGUUUGCCUCUGUGGGUGCUGAUGGCUCUGUGAGAAUGUUCGACCUCCGCCAUCUGGAACACAGCACCAUCAUUUAUGAAGACCCACAGCACCACCCCCUGCUUCGCCUCUGCUGGAAUAAGCAGGACCCCAACUACCUGGCCACCAUGGCCAUGGAUGGAAUGGAGGUGGUGAUUCUGGAUGUCCGAGUUCCCUGCACACCAGUUGCCAGGCUAAACAACCACCGAGCAUGUGUCAAUGGCAUUGCCUGGGCCCCACACUCGUCCUGCCACAUCUGCACUGCAGCGGAUGACCAUCAGGCCCUCAUCUGGGACAUCCAGCAGAUGCCUCGGGCCAUCGAGGACCCUAUCUUGGCCUACACAGCUGAAGGGGAGAUCAACAAUGUGCAGUGGGCCUCGACCCAGCCUGACUGGAUCGCCAUCUGCUACAACAACUGCCUGGAGAUCCUCCGCGUGUAGUGCUGGCGCCUCACCGAGUAGGCAGGGGCUGUGUGCUUCAGCCUCUGCCCCCUUCCUUCCCACGUAAGAAGAGUUCCCAGUGGCCAGUAUGUCUACUGUUGCUUUAACCCACUGUGUCCAGAAGCUGCUGUAGAAGUCCAGGCCAGUUACCCCGCUGUCUGUGUUGGACUGUGCUGUGUGGCACCACCGCGGCCCAGGGCUGGGUUUUAAGUUUUCACUCCUUUCCUCCUCUUUGCUUCUUCAAUUAAACGUCUCUGUGUAUUUGUUUGUCA